AUGGCUCCCAGAAAACGCGCGAUUCCAGCAGAGGAAUGGGAGCGCCACAGAGAAGUCAUCAAAGGUCUGUUCGCCCAGAAACCCCUUAUUGAAGUCAUUGAGGAGAUGAAACAAAAAUACAACUUUGAAGCAACCAAGUCACAAUACGAGGCGAAACUCAGGCUUUGGGGCAUCCACAAGAACCUGAAGCGGGAACAGUGGCAGGAGCUCUUAAAAGAACCUGACAAUAUAACCGCAACAGUCUUGAAAACUUCUUCAGGCUAUAUGAAAACGCAGCCGAGCAUUCAAAGAGCUUUGCGACGACUCAAAAAAACACCUGGCGCAACACUGGGACAAGCCAGCCGUGACUCAGCAUCAUCGCAUCCUCUGAUCCGGAUGGCUAGCUCCUCUGCUGGCCCUUCCGUGGAACAGGUAUCGCGGGCAGCUCUAAGUCCGGGACUUCCCAGACAACAAACACACGACGUGACGCGGCUUCCAGACCUUCAUGGCGCUUCGUCUAGUCCCGAGUCCGCCCUUUUGCGUCUCGGAGAAGCCUCUGCGCAAUUCGACCCGGCGGACUCAGCUAGGCUAUUCUCAUCAGAGCUCGAUGACCCUAUGUCGUUCUGGUGGAAUCUUGACUUCAAUCCUCACACGGAUUGCGAGCCGCAAACUGCUCUGUUCGACGUAGGUGGUCACGAGAUGCUUGGGUUGGAUUUGAAUUCAAGUUUGGACAGGAAUUGGCAAAUCCGUGCAAACGCCAAUGUGAGCCCUUUAGGAACCAGCCUGAUGCGUCGAGCCAGUCCUAUCAGCCCAUCCCAACUUUUCCCGGACGUUGACCACUUCUUUGGGUUCAACGCAGAACAAACUCAGGGAGAGAGCCGUCUCUCCACCAGCGCACAACUUCCUACACAGAACGGAACCCUCGAAGGUGGAAUUUUCGACUACGUCAAGUUUCCCCCCACUGGUUUCACUAAGCAAUGGCUGAAGGGACUGCCCUUCUCCAAAUUCGAAGAAUACUUGCGUUCCCGGGAUAUUAUUUCCACCAAUAGCGAAUCCUCUACCCAGCGACGGCUUGGAGCUUCUUUGUCUGGUAAUUUUGCUCUCAGGUUCUUGGAAAACUCCUUCUCUUCCGGGUCUAUAUCGAUGGUCCAACGUCCACCUGACUGUCAAAACCCUCUUCAGAAGCUUGGCAAGCUCCUCCCAGGAGAGAGUACUGCUAUCAUCUCUGAACAACAAAUGACCGAGACUCGCCUUUUCAGAAUUUUGCUCUUCUCCAUGAUGAACGGCUUCGUCGGACUAGAUCAUAUCCCGAUGGAGGAUAUCCUGAAGGCCAUGGGUCAUUUCAGCACCAACAAGUUGUUGCUCCAGAUUUUGGAGGAAGGGCCGCAGUUCACUGCAAGGACACUGGCGGACAACAUGUUUCGAGCCGCGAUUGAGGCGAAAGAUCAGCGCAUCGUCCAGCUGCUCCUUCAACGCAAGUUGGUUGACGUCAAUGAUACGGUCUGCUUCUUUCGGAAUAGAAGGUACACCCCGGUGGAGCGAGCAGCAAGUCUCAAGGCACUCGGGCUCAUUCGAAUCCUUGUGGAGGCUGAUGCCGACGUCAAUAAAACGCAUAAAGAUGGAGUUAACGGUGGUGCGCUCAGAAAAUUACUGUGGCCAGAUGCUGGGCCACCCUAUUCAAGAGCAUUUACGGCAACACCAGGGCUGAUUGAUACGAUCGAGUUUCUCAUCGGGAAAGGAUCUAAAGUCGAUGUUCGCUUUCUAAGUGAUACCUUGGGGCUAAUCCCAACUAACGAGAUUGUUUCUCUCUUUGCCCGAAGCAUACCGCCGACAGAUCACCAGGCUUUUUUCGAACCCAAUACCGCCUGGUCCAAUGAUCCGCGUUAUAGUUUACUCUGCAGGAUCGCAAAUGUAGUAGAUGAUAGCACCGCCGCAACCAUCCUUCAGAACACCAUAGAAUUCUGUGAAGGAUCUGGAUGCUCAAAGUGCCUUGAAAGGUGGUCGGAGUCACUAGAAUACGCCGCUAUCGAUGGUGCGAAAAGAGGACAUUUCCAACUUGUUCAAGUCCUCAUUGGCCGCUUGCCGUCAACCACAAGAAUAUUGAGUGCUGCAGUUAGGUCUGGGAAUAAGAACCUUAUCAGACUUGUUCUUGACUUUAACCCCAUGCCGGAGCUCGAUCCUCCAGCUCAUAUUAUUGACGAACGGCCGCUUGUAUACCCCCCACCCACGACGCCGCUUGCCGAGGCCGUGCGGAUGGGGAAUGCCGAUUUGAUCAAGCUGUUGGAGGAAGCCGGUGCUCUCAAUAACCUCGCAAAGGGAAGCCGUUUAGAGGCUCUGAUACUCGCGGCGGCUGAGGGAGGAAACAUGCUUUAUAUGGAGUUGCUACUGAAGCGGGCUUCUAGCUCAUCACACCAAUACCGGACCACGUGGGAUGCGGUACGGCUUGCCCUCGAAAAUGACCAUGAUGACGUGGCAAAUUUUUUGUUAUCGGCCGGCGCACAAUCCAUAUCCAUCCGUAACCGUAACUCGGAUGAUCCUAGCACUCUUCACGCUGCUCUCGGGAAGCGAGAUCACAAAUUAGUGCGGUCCCUCUUAAGUGCCGAUAUCGAGUAUUUGUCCCGUAGCGACAUACCGAACGAGGUGGCCAGCUGGUUUGAUACGUCAAUCAUCUCGGAUCUGGCAUUCGUAUUUCCGGACCAGUCAUUCCUCAGGGACAGGAUUCCGUUUCACAACAUAUGUAUGCAGUGCAUGAAAACAAAUAAUGUAACAUUUUUCGAAAACUUGUUGGAAUCUACUUCAUAUAGGGAUGAUUUGCCCUGGAAUUCAUGUCUUGCAAGCGCCAUCAGGAUGGGUCAGGUUGAGAUGGUUGAUCUUCUCCUUCAAUAUGGCGCUGAUCCCUUGGACGGCGAGGUCCUAAAAGCGGCCAUACCGGAUCGUACUGAUAUGUUUCUGUUCCUCUUUGGGCAGGAUAGAAAACAGCGGAGGGUUCGGAAAUGUAUUGGUGCUCACAUUCUGAAGUUCGUCAUGGCUGAACGCCCCGGCAAUGCCGAGAUACUGGAUACUCUUCUGGAGAACGGGUUAGUUAAUUUGAUCGUCGCCGAGAUACCUAGAGGAGUCCCCGAUGGCGAUCUUUAUCGUGCUUACGAAGAUAUGCUCACACCUCUCGGGCUAGCCAUCGUUGGUUUACCUGACUUUUGCGGAACCAAUCUCGGGGCGGUUAAUCGGCUCCUUCGAGAAGGUUCUGAUCCCGACGGCGUUGCAAGAAUCAUGGAUAUCGAACCCCGAGUUGGCCAAACAGCAAUUAUGCUUGCUCUCGAAACAGGACGAGAAGACCUCAUUCGCCUAUUGGUGGUGGAAUACAAAGCCGAUGUGAACAAGAAGACCCAUCUUUUCAUCAAGCAGACACCGCUUCAGCACGCUGCUGAGCUAGGGGACCUCGACAUGGUUCGCCUACUACUGGAACUCGGCGCAGACGUGAAUGGGGAGCCGGCAAUCCGCAGUGGCGGGACGGCUCUGCAGUUUGCAGCCAUCUCAGGGAAUUGCAACGUGGCAGCAGAGCUUCUCGAGCAAGGGGCCCCCCUACACGCGCUGCCCUCAAAAGUAAAUGGAAGGUGGCCCUUGGAAGGAGCAGCAGAACAUGGCCGGCUUGACAUGGUCCAAUUCCUGUGGAGAGCCAAGGAGUUUUCCUUGGAUGGCACAGGAUUUCAAGAGCGACACUGUCUUAGGGCAAUGGACUUUGCACAGAGCAAUGGGCAUCUAGGAUGCAGGGACUUGGUCGCAGAGCUGUCUGGUUUUUCUGUGGAUAGACUCGACUCAGAAGACUAUGGCGUGCCAUGGUUAGCUUACUAAGACUUUCUCCUAUGUAACACUCUUUGGUAUGAAUACAAUGAAUGCUUCGGUUUGUUAGGAGUUGAAGCACUCAAAGCUUUUCCCCAAUUUCGUCUCGGGUUCGACAAUUCUUUC